AAAACAUACUCCCUCCGUCUGGUUUUUAUGUUCCCAGUCUACUCUUUUCUCCGUCCGAAAAUAAAGUUCCCAGUAUACGUUUUCUAACUCACUUUUCCUAAACUACCCCUCUCAUUAAAUCGCCCUUCUCGCCCAAUCCUCCUACCCGCAUUCAUCAUACCUCUUGCUUUAACUCGCACCUCCUCUCCUUCCCAGAUCCAUUCCGCCCAAUUCUUUCUCCCUCUUCUCCUACAACCCUAGAUCUCUGCCCACAUCUAAUGGAUCCGCAUGACUAUUUCUUGGAUUCUAUCAUUCCGGAGACGGAAUUUCAAGAUGGUUGGGGUGAGGUCGAAGAUUUAAUCUCUGAUGACAGCGAGAUGGAGGAGGUUAUCGCAAUCCAUAGCGAUGACGAGGUCAUCAUCAUCAAUAGUGACGAUGAUGGUGCCGAUCCUGCCCCGAUCAGAGAAAUGCAGUGUUUUAUCAACAUUCAAUCUCAAGAAGAUUGUAAUUUUGUUGAUGGGAGGCAAGAGGGUGACGAGAUGGAGGAGUUUGAGAGACCUGGGUUUGAUUCUUCUCAACCCAUGUACUCACGCGUGCACCUCCACAUUGAUAUGCUAAACAUCUUACUUCCAAGCGCAGAUCCAGACUUUUGGGCUUCAAAGUACAAGUAGGGAAGUUCGUUUAACCUUCCUAUACUUCAAUUAUUUCAACAUUACUGAAAUAAUUAUAGACUAUGAUGUCUCUGAGUAGUGAGGGUAUUAGUCCUCAUAUGUGGUCUUGCUCUGCCUUUGAUUGUCCAAAGUGUACACUAUGUUAUUUGUCCCUCUAAUGUUUGCGAGACUGUUUGUGACCACUUUCUGUGAUGAAUGUCUGAGAACAAUGCUGCCUACUGUGAUGAGAUUGUAUCCAAUUAAGGAUGUCUCUGAGUAGUGAGGGUUUUACACCUUCUAUGUGGUCUUACUCUGCCUCUGGGUG